AUGGCUUACAUUUUCACAGCUAGCGAACAUCAUUUUGCACUCCGAAAUGGUUUGGAGGGAUUUAGAUUUACAGCUGCAACUUACUCAACUAUGGCGAAUGAGAUUCAAUGUGACAUAUUUAUAAAUCAUCGUGGACCUGAUGUGAAACACACAAUUGCGAGCACUAUUUACAAUACUCUGGAUGCCAUUGGAUUGCGCCCUUUUCUUGAUGUAGAAGUGCUCGAGGCGGGCCUGUUCAUACCACCAGUAAUAGAAAAGGCAAUAAUAAGUGCUUCUCUUCAUAUUGCCAUAUUUUCUCCCAAUUAUGCCCAAUCCUCUUGGUGUUUAAACGAGCUGUCAUUUUUGCUUAGAACUGGCACCAAAAUCAUUCCUAUAUUCUAUCAUGUUAAGCCUUCUGACCUCAGAUGGAUUGUUCAUGGCAAAGGAGCCUAUGCCUAUGCAUUUUCAGGGCAUGAAAAGUGGGGAAGAUUUACCAGAGAAAAGAUUGAGGAGUGGAAAAGAGCCCUUCAUGUCGUUUCAUUUAUCUCUGGUUAUGAAGUUAAUGACAACGAGGCUGAGAGGAGGCUUGUGAAGAGCAUUCGCAACGAGGCACUGCAGAUCAAGGGAGGUGCUCGAGUGAAAAUAGCCAAAUGUCUGAUUAGAUCGGAUGAGUACAAAUCUCCUCUGAAUCAGAGUGAGAAAGAAGUUCUGGCAAUGGCAGCCAUUAAGUGCAUAGGUAGGGUUGAAGUGGCUGUGGAUGUGUGCUUUGAUAAGGUUGAAGAAUCCUUAGGGGAUUGUUUGAAUGAGGUUGAGGGAUCUUUAAAUAAAGUUGAAAGGGGUUUAAAAAGUGCAUGGAAAUGGUUAAUGGAUUAG